AUGCCGAUGUUUAAUGCAACAUUUAAUGAUACUGAUAAUAAAGACGAUGAUGUAGACGUUGAUAUCAAUUAUGACGAUGAUGAUGAUGAUGAUGAUGAUGAUGAUGAUCGCUAUGGUGUUCUUCAAAGUGUUCGCCAAUACUUUACGUUCGAAGAAGAGAAAGAAGAAAAAGAAGAAGAAGAAGAAAAAGAAAAGGAAGAAGAAGAAGAAGGAAUAGAAGAAGUAGAAUCAGCAAAACAGCUUCAAAAUAGUUACCUUGCUUCAAAAAGUUAUUGA